ACCCACAGCGACAGCCUAGGCAUGCCCGCGGGCGUUUCAUGGGGCCAGUACAUGAAGUUUCUGGGCAGCGCCAUGCUGGCCAUGAUGGCCGGCUCCCAGGCGGUGCAUCUGUACUACAAGCCGCUGGAGGACCUGCCCGUCUACAUAGAACGCGAGCGACAUCAGCUGGAGCCACCGCCAGGUGACACAAAAGCCAACAGUUAGAUUUAAGUGUCAUAU